UCCCGUGCCGCUUUGCGGGGUGAUGUCACUUGCAAGAUGGCGGCGACUCGGGCGGGUCCCGGGCAUCUGCGGUGCUCCGUGCUCAUAGUGUACGGGGAGAUCCGCCGGGGGCCUGGCCUUGUGCGCAGGGCGGUGAGCGAACUAAAGAGAGGCUUCUGUUCAUGGGAUAUCGAUCCAUCCUUCUGUAAUCUGGAUGAGCAGCUGAAGUUGUUUGUAUCCCGUCACUCUGCCAGUUUCUCCUCGGAUGUGAAAGGGCAGAGAAGUCUUCAUCAUGCAGGGGACGUUUUAGAGACGAAUGUUCUGAUAAACCCUUCUAAGAAGUCUGUGUGUGAAGAGAUCCAUAAAUUGAUUUGCUAUGAAUCUCAACACAAGUUACUGAUUUUCAUUGGCCCUUUCCUGGAAGGAACUGGGGAGAUACUCCUUCAAGAUGGUGGAAACUUCUCAGUGAAAGACUUUAUCCAGAUAUUUGCUGACAAGGAGAUUGGAGAGACUCUGAGCCUGUCUGACCCCUCUGCACAUGUCAACCUUACUGUAACCUGCCCCCAAAACUGGGAUGUGUCUCAGCUGGAUAAAGGGAGCCUUCAGGAUUUCAUAGAGAUGAGAUUUAACCCAGCACAACUGUUGCCAGAAACGGAAGGUUUGCAGGAGUUGGCAGAAUACCUUUCAGAGUCCUUGGAGCCUUCCUCCCCAUUUGAGCUGCUUGAGCCUCCUUCUACUGUGGGCUUUCUGAAACUUUUCAAACCAUGCUGCUAUGUAUUUCCUGGAGGCAGAGGAGACUCUGCUUUUUUUGCUGUUAAUGGGUUUAAUAUGCUUAUGAAUGGGGGAUCAGACACUAGAUCUCCAUUUUGGAAACUGGUACGACAUUUGGACAGAAUAGACUCCAUCCUUCUAACUCAUAUGGGCACAGACAGUCUGCCUGGGAUCAACAGUUUGUUACUAAGAAAGAUAGCAGAGGUUGAUGAGGAUCCUUCUGAAGGCCCACAAGCUAACGAGGAGUGGUUAAAAAACUUGGUUUCUCCAGAGCUAGGUGUGGUGUUUUUUAACACUGCAGAGAAGUUGAUUAACCAAGAGGAUGAUCCCAGUGUAGUAAAGCGUAAUGAAGAAGCCAUAAUAACUCUUUGUUGUUUGGAGAAGCUGGGAAUUCGGCCAGAGCCCCUACAUAGAGUCAAUGUGGCACUGAUGGAACCAACAAUCCUAUUCCAAAAAAUGGGAGUGGGGCGGCUAGAAAUGUAUAUAUUAAACCCCGUCAAAGGCAGCAAAGAGCUGGAAAUUUUAACCAAGCAGUGGACUGGAUCUGAGUCACUGACAGGCACAGAUUUACCUCUCGCUUGUCUAACAUCUGCCUGUGUCCUUCUGGUUUGGCAUCCAGCCUUUCCGUCUGAGAAGAUUGUACGUGUUCUGUUCCCAGGAUGCACUCCACAGGGUAAAAUUCUGGAGGGGCUUGAGAAAUUGAAACACUUGGAAUUUUUAAAAGCUCCAGUAAUAACUCCUAAAGAUCUGGAAAUAGUCGCUGAAAAUAACCUUUCAGAGCGAAGUAGCACCAAACCCAAACGAACAGAGAGUAAGGAGAGCUUGAGAUCCGGAUCUGGAAGGCAUAGUGUUGAACUUAAGGUAAAACCUGAGAGGAAGGAGACAAAACUAGAAGUGAAGGAAAAAAACAAAACUCUCACAGAGUUCAUCAAAGAAUCAGGAGCAGGAGGAGAUAAAAUAAAGGAAGCCAGGAGUAAAGCAGAAAGUAUAACUGAAAAAUCAAAGGCUGAUGCAAAAUUUAAGGUUGGAAGAGAGAAGGUAACAGUUAAGAAAGAGCAAUCUAAAGAGGAGAAGAAGCCUCUAGCUAAGAAAGAUGAGGCCCUAACUGAUAAUAAAAAGGAAGCAACAAAACUGGAAGCCAGGAAAGAUGUACGACACUCAUUGAAUGUAGGAAAGUCUGACACUGUAAAGAGGGAGUUAAAGGAUGAUGCCAAAAAGGAGAGCAGAAGUGAGGAUGGGAAGACAGUCCGAGCAAGUGUCAAAGAUUUUAAGAAACCCGUAGGCGCUCCUGCAGACCACAAGAGGCCUGUGUCCAAAAUGGGCUCCUUGAGAAAGGAGACUGUAGGAACCAAAAAGGAAUAUAGCACCACUGCUAAGGUAAUAGAAAAGGGUAAGGCUAAAAAUCAAAAGAAGGAGGGUGGAGCAGAGUCUGCAAAACCACCGCAGGUUCAAGUUGAAGUCAUCAACCCUUGUAGUACUUUAGAUAGGAAUCAAGAAUUAGAAAAGGUUUGUAAAAACAAUACUUGUGAUCCCAAAUUUAACGGAAAUCUCAAAAACAAUGAUCCUGAGGCUGUUUGUGCUGUGAAUGGACUGUGUACUGUUGAGCCAGAGAGCCCCAAUGGAUUUCGCUAUAUGGAGACAAGCCCACUUAAAAGUUUAGCCCCAAUAUCCCCUCUUGCAAAAACUCCUAAAAAUGAGCUGAGUGUCAACUUUGACCUGACACCCACUGGCUUGGAAAUACAAGAAAAGAGCAAAGUUGCACAGCAUGGACCAGAUGGGUUGGAGGAUGCCUAUGGGAGCUCUGAAGAGAGAACACUGGAGAUGGCAUCUCCAGCAAGCUCAGGCAAUCGAUCACCAGCAAUUGUUGAUCACAAUGGAGAUCAGUCACUUCCAUCUGGAGAUAGCAGAGGUUUAAACAUGUCAUCCUGGAAGGUACCCCCAAAAUCUUCACAAGAGAAUUCAAAUUCCUCUCAGGGAAGGCAGACCAGCUGCCUGUCCUUGAGUCCCUUUCGGGAAGACAUUCCUGAUGUAUCUCCAACUAUAACAACUCCCUCUUUGCCUGCUGAAGUGGGAUCACCACACUCGACUGAAGUAGAUGAAUCUUUGUCCAUCUCAUCCUUUGAACAAACUCUACCCCCAGUUAGUGAAUCUCCUAGAAAUGUGUCUCCUGUUGCCCAUGCUCCAAAUAGAGGAGGCUUAACACUUCCUGUACAUCCUACACACAGUGUUGAGUUUGAUGGGCAGUCUGAAAGGUCAGCAUCCCCACAUGAUGUUGACCUAUGCUUGGUGUCUCCAUGUGAGUUUGAGCAUCCUAAAUCAGAUGCUGCCCUUAGCCCACGGGACAGUGAUAGUGAUCCUUCACAGGAGCUUGCCAAACCCACAUGUUUUAAUAAAGACACCCAAAAUGGGCUUGAGACACCGCCGACUUCAGUCAGUGAGUCUUUGCCAACCAUCUCUGACUCUGGACCAGAUGAAUGCCCUUCUAUAGCUCUGGAUGGUGAGUCGGAUGCAGAGAACACUCCAAAACCUUUGGACCCCAUCCCAACACCGCUGCAUGACCCCUACCCAAUUCCACCUCACCCAGGCACAUGUAUGAUUGACCCUGAAACUAUGCCUGUAAACACCAGGGAAAAAAAGCCUCAAACACGGCCCUCAUCUGCUAAUCCCAAAAAUGAUGGUAGUAAAAUGACAGGGACACCUGGCAAGCCUCGAGGUACUGGAACAAGCAAGGGAGCUGUGGGAAAGACUGAAGCAUCAGACAGGGUGCCACACUCUGGUACUGGAUCAAAAGCCUCUUUGGGCAGGAGAAGUAUCGCUAAUGCUAUAAAACCUACACCUGUGACAAGCCGCACAUCUUCUGCAGCUCCUCGCUCUGGCUCCUCCACACCAUCUCCUCCGGUCUAUGUUGACCUUGCUUAUCUGCCUGGAGGUCAUGGGGCCCACACAGUACAGGAGGAUUUUUUUAAGCAGGUUCGCUCUUCUUGCUAUGUUAUCAGUGGAGAUGACCCAGGCAAAGAAGAGGUUACCCGUAGGAUCCUAGAUUCACUGCUAACUGGUAAAAGUCACUGGUCGCAAGAAUUGCAGGUGACCUUGAUACCAACCUAUGAGUCAACAGUAGUCCAUGAAUGGUAUAAUGAUACUCAUGCUCUCCAGCAGUCAUUGGGAGUAACUGUUUUGGGCAGUACCAGCAGUGUGUCUAUGCAGGGUGAAACAUUUCCUGCCUGCAAAGUGGAAUUCUAAGUUUAGUUCCCCCAGAGUUCCCGGCUCAUUCCUGGACCCUUGCACCUUGUGAUUGUUAUAGGCCAUUUCAAAUAAUUUUGGACUGUGUGUUGAGUGACACACACUUCACUGGCUGUUGUUGCACAUGCUUUAUAAACAGUAGCUGCCACACUGCAUCAAUCACUAUUGGGGAAGCCCUCACUCUGCUACUCUACUACCCCACAUAAGACUGUUAUUUUCUCCCCCUUUCUGGGUUGCCACUGUGACUUUUUUUUGAGAAAAUAACUCCUUUAAACUUCAUCGCCACCAAGGAUGGAAAUCAGUGGCAGCUGAAUGUCAGUCACUUUUCUGUUAGCAUCCAAAUCACAGCCAACAGCUCCUUUCAUUUCACUUUUUGAUGUUUACAGGUUUUUGUUGUGAUGGAUUUUUUUUUUGUUUAUCCCUGUUUACUGCUACAAUAAGCUGCAACUCUCCUUGCAGUAAUGACUUGUCCUGGUUGCACCUUAAUGAGAGGUGUUGAAGAAACAUAAAGGCAAGAAUAACACAAUCAUUUCAAUGACCACAAAUGCAUCUCUUUGCUUGGGAAUUAUGCAGAUGUUUGCAGACUGUACUCUGAAUAGUCUACAGGACUAAAGUUUGAAUGUUUUCAAUAUAUAUACGUAAUUCAAGUGCAAAAAUUGCAUCACAGGGUUCAUAAUUUUGUUUUCCUUACAUUCACCACUCAAAGCUGCCCUCAGCUUCUUGGGGAAGUGUGUGUUUUAUGGUAGGAAAUUCAUUUCCAAAAGCAAAAUACUGUAGUUUGGAAGUACAUGUUAGUGGUAAUAAUGAAGGACAUUUGCUGAAUCCAGCCAGGUUAGUUUUUGGCAACUGUUAAUAUAGACAUAACUGUAUCAAUUUGCUAUGGAAUUUGAAAACGCAUACAAUGUGAAUACGGUAUGAGACCUUUCUCUUGUCUGCUUUUGCAGCACUGCACGUUCUUCAGUUUAUGGCUGGCAUCCUUGACCAGAUUCGUAAUGGUCAUGACCUAUAUUGGCCCAGAUUAAAAAUUAAAUGAAAGCCCUCCUUUAUGGUCAGAAGAUAAACUACCCGUAGACCCCAAGUAUUUUUAUGGUUUAAUAAUAUUUUAUUGUCAUUAGCUGAUAAUCAAGCAGAUCAUCUUUCUCACUUAUUAUGUUCUCUGCUACACAACUCAUUUGAAGGAAAAACAGUCCCAUUAUUUCCAUAGCCCUGGUUUUUGUUUAUCGGUUAUUUAUUUAUUUUUAUAUAUAUAUAUCUUCUUGAAAACUUUAAUAUCUGUCCAAUACUACCCCUGUAUUUAAUAUAUAUUCUUUUCGUAAUGCACAAUAAAAUAUAUAUAUUAAGGAAUGUAUCUUAUGUAAGUAAUAACAUUUGAUUUCCAAAGUUCCCCAUAAUUUAAGUGUAAAAUGUGUUUCCAUUAAAAUGAUAGUAUUGAAUGCUAAUGGAUUUUCUUUAGUUGAAUUGAAGUCCAUUAGUUUGCCAAAAUAUAGCCAGCCAGGCCAAACCUUUGUAAAUAAGUUGAUCAGGUAAGAGCAACUGAAUAACACUCCAUCUCAAACUUUGAAAGCACUUGUUAAUGGGUGUGUGUGCCUUGACCAUAAUUAUAUAAAGAAAGUUAGGGGACCAAUGUUUACAUAUUUUGGUUAUCUGGCAUUAUAUCUGACAUUAAAUCCCAGGUGAACUGUGUUUAUUAUGUAUGUUUUUUUGUUGUAACAGGAUCUAUAUCAGAUUGCUGUAAGCAGAAGAAUAUUUCAUCCUGUUUCUUUCAAACAGUUUAGGUCUUUUUUGUUUUAAAUUGAAUAAACCUAAGGGCCAAAUACAGAGUGUUUUUUUGUAGAAUGAUUCCCAUUCUGUUCCUAUUCUGUUUCCCUAUUCUGUCCCUUAUGUUAGUUGACCAGCUUUGAGCAAAUUGUAUUUCAUUCACUGGCUUUUCCACAUGUGUUGAAGUAUCCAUUAUAGCAGGGAUCCCCAACCUUUUAUACCUGUGUGCCACAUUCAAAUGGAAAAAGUGUCAGGGAGCAACACAAGCAUGGAAAAAGUUCCUGGGGGUGCAAAUAAGAGCUAUAAUUGGCUAUUUGGUAGGUCCUAUGUGGACUGAAAGCCUGUAGAAGGCUCUGUUUGGCUUUACACUGGGUUUUAUGCAUUCAAUACUUGCCUCCAAGCCAGAAACCUACUUUGAGGCCACUGGGAGCAACAUCCAAGGGGUUGGUGAGCAACAUGUUGCUCACGAACCACUGGUUGGGGGAUCGCUGCAUUAUAGAUUUCAGGUUUUACUAAGCUUAAAAUUAAAUUGGCUCAUUGUCAGUUGGUAGAGACUUUGCAUUAUCUGCUAAUAGACAGAUAUUAUGAUCAACAAUGUAUCUAUCAUGUUAAAAACACUAAAUAGCUUUGGAAGUAAUGUAAUAUGAAGGAUUUUUCUACUUCCUAUACAAGGGUGUAGAAGUAUGUGGAGACUGGGAGGAAAGAUCAUCCCAAUGUAUUUUAAAAGUUCCAAUAAUAUUGUAUAGCUGUUCUGUGCAUUACGCUAGAUAAGAUUGAACCACCUGCCAGGUUUGCCCUCUGAGUGGUAAAAUGUCUUUUCCAUAUAGAUUUGACUUCUUUUUGCAAGUAUGUGAAGUGGGAUCUUUACUGUGAAUUCACUUGGAUUUUCGACAAGCAAAUUAAAAAACAAAAAUCUUGUCCAACAAGAA